AUGGGUGCGAGAAGCAGCCAGGCGGUGGAUCCGGUGGUGAGUCGGAGAUACUCAUCGGAAACAGAGGCGGUGCUGGUGGUCCGGCGAAGACCGCAGAUGGUGAACGGAGGAGGAUUCGUAGUGAGCAAUAGCAAACAACAAAUAGUGUUUAGAGUUGAUGGGUGUGGAGUUCUUGGAACCAAAGGCAAGCUUCUCUUGAGAAAUGGUGAUGGUGAUGAUUUGCUUCUCAUCCGCAAAAUGGGAGGAAUGGUGCAAGCACUGAACAUGGUACACAAGAAAUGGGAAGGUUUCGGAUAUGAUAACGAAGGAGCACAGAAGCUGGUUUUCACCUUGAAAGAUCCAAAAGAUACAUGCCUGGUUCAAAACGGUAUAAUCAGAAUUUUGGUUCACGGUAAACCGAAAAUAUCAACCCGGAACAUCUAUAACAACAACAACUACGUCGAGAUCAAAGGAUCUUUCGCAGAGAGAGCUUGCAACAUCAUAGAUUCAGACGGCAGAGCCAUAGCUCAGGUAAGAAUAGAGAAAGAGAUGGAGGAAAUGGUGGGGAACAAGAAGGAUAUUUAUCAAGUUAUAGUCAAAGCAAAGGUGGAUCAAGCUUUCAUCGUCGGUGUCAUCGCCAUACUCGACUAUAUUCAUGGCGAAUCCACUAUCUGUUGA